UUGUUGUGUCUACCGAGGGAGUCCGCAUGAAAAUAGACAAGAAAGUAACAACUUUUGAAAAGGGAAAUAAAUUACGAAUUUACGCUUUCCAUAACGAGGUCAUUGUUCGCGUGAAGGCUUAAAAGCUUGGAACAGACCUGGUAAUGGCACCACUGUUGCUAGAGAUCUGUAUCGAUUCGUUCGAAUCAGCCGUUGCCGCCAUCCGUGGUGGCGCCAAUCGAUUGGAGCUGUGCGCCGCCCUAAGUGAAGGGGGCCUAACGCCGUCGGUUGGUUUGCUACGAGAGCUCCGUGCGUAUCUAGCUGAGCAAAACAAAUCUACGCAGGUUCAACUGUACGCCAUGAUCCGUUGCCGACGGGGAAGUGACUUUCGCUACAGCGAAGCUGAGAUGCGAAUAAUGUUGUACGAUUUACGUUUGCUAGCUGAAAACGGUGCCGAUGGGUUCGUGUUCGGUGCUUUGGAUGAAAUGGGUGAAAUCCAUAGGGAGCACUGUCAGCAGGUUGCUUCGGCUGCAGGCAAGCUACCACUUACGUUUCACAGAGCUUGGGAUUGUACCGAUCGUUCGAAGAUGGAACCUAAUCUACAGUUGAUCGCUUCAAUGGGAUACUCGACCGUUCUGACUAGUGGGUUCGAGAGGACAGCAUUGAAAGGAAUCGAAGCGAUCAGCCAAGUGGUUCAAAUUGCCAAACAUAUCAGUGAGAAAACUGGUUUCAAUCUUACUAUAAUGCCAGGGUCUGGAGUUACACCGGAAAACGCCCGGAUGAUCGCUGAAAAAAGUCUUAGUUCAGCAAUUCACGCAUCAGCAAGAUCUGCGAAGAAUUUGCAACUUGAAAAUAAUGACUCCACAAAUUCCAAGAUUUCUAUGGGAGGAAACAAUGAAGAUGACUUAUGCUUGAUGGUGUGCAACGAGGAAAUCGUUGAGAGUAUCAAACAUGCGCUAGAAUUGGUAUGUUAAAUGGAAAGAAACAUGAUCAUGUUCAAAGUAAUUAAAAGUUAUGUUUUUAUAACAGAAAUUGAAAUUACUGGAUGUUAAAAAGAAUUCUUUUUUUAUAAUCGUUUAUUUUAGUUUUGUUUGUUCA